AAGAGCACAACUAGAGAGAUAGAGAGAAACAGAGAAAAUGAAGAGUUUCAUUUCCAAAGAGUCCAUUGUCCUACUAGUAAUUCUUCUUUCGGCAAUUUGCUUGGUCGCUGAAGCUCAACAAUGCCGUCCAAGCGGCAAAAUCAGAGGAAGGAAGGCCCCUCCAGGACAAUGCAACCAGGAAAAUGAUUCUGAUUGUUGUAAGCCGGGCAAAAUGUACCCAACCUACACAUGUUCACCGCCAUUGUCUGGGAGCACCAAGGCCACCCUCACCCUCAACAGUUUCGAGAAAGGUGGAGAUGGUGGCGGUCCAUCAGAAUGUGACAACCAAUACCACAAUGACAACACACCAGUUGUGGCACUGUCCACCGGAUGGUAUAGCAACGGAGAUAGGUGCCAUAAACAAAUCAGAAUUAAUGGUAACGGACGUAGCGUGUUGGCCAUGGUGGUGGAUGAAUGUGACUCUACUGAGGGAUGUGAUGCAGAUCAUGAUUACCAGCCUCCUUGUCCUAACAACAUUGUUGAUGCCUCAAAAGCUGUUUGGAAAGCCUUGGGUGUGCCUGAAGACCAAUGGGGUGGCCUAGAUAUCACUUGGUCCGAAGCUUAGUUACAUUAAUUAAUUUCCGUC